GACACUUACACGUGGGGCCGAGGAGAACCACAAGAGUACCCACUCGUCGGUCUCCUCCGCCCUAUAACAUCGUGCAGACCAGUAGCCCGCGCGGCCGCUUGCUCCUGCUCCUUCCCCGCUGCCGCGUCGCCUCCGUCGCGGCCCCCCCCUACCGAAACCCUACCCCAGACCAAUCGCCACUGCCGCUGCUUGCUCUUUCCGGCCGCGAACCCGUGCCCUAGCUGUCCCUCCGGGGGUCUGCGAGGCGCUGCGCCCCGGAGCUAGGGUUUAGACCCCGGGCCCAUGGAAUUCGGCGCGGACAGCGCCCGGUGGACGCAUCCGCGAGGCCAGGUCGCUGAGGCGUUGCCGCCGACGCUGUCUGACCGCGGCGAGGUCGCCUCACCCCGCUUCGAUUCGUCUCGUGCCCUAAGAUUGCUGAGAGAGCUUGGCACAAAUGUAACAGAAGAUUUGGUUGUGCUGAUGCCAAAUUUGCUGUCAUUUUUGAAGCAUGAUGAUCCUGCAGUUGUUAAGCAAUCUAUAGCUAGUGGGACAAAUUUAUUUGCUGCUGUAUUGGAAGAGAUGACACUUCAGAUCAACAAGUGUGGAAAACUUGAUGCUUGGCUUGAAAUGAUGUGGGAUUGGAUGAAGCAGUUCAAAGAUGCAGUCCGUGAUGUGAUGCAUGAGCCUGGCCCUAUUGCAACUAAACUACUCGCUGUAAAGUUUGUUGAAACAUGGAUCUUGUGUUUCACGCCUGAAGCUAAUAGUGACCAAACAACUCCAACUGAAGGAAAAAACCAGAGAUUUGAUACUUCACGAUUGUCUCAGUUUCAUCCUAGCCUUGAUCCUGUUGUUCUGGAGGCUGAUGCAAACAGAGCUCUCAUCCUCCUACUGGAUAUUCUGCAAUCAGCUUAUGCUCAUCGAGGGUCCUUCCUACUUGGCACCAUUAAUUCUCUUACAGCAGUUGUGAAGAAUCGGCCAAUUUACUAUGACCGCGUGCUGCCAGUGUUGCUUGAUUUUGACCCUGGCUUGGAGACUGCAAUGGGUGCCCAUGCAGGAAGCCUGCAGUAUUCGCUAAGAACAGCUUUUUUGGGGUUUCUACGGAGUCCUCACCAGGCAAUGAUUGAGUCCAAAGACAUAUUGGUUAGACGGCUUCGUGCUCUAAGCCCUGGUGAAGCAAUAGAGCAAAUUAUUAGGCAGGCAGAGAAGAUGUCUAGAAACAUAGAGCGUGCUUCUCGUGCUAGCAAGGAUGAGCCUCCAACAUGGGAGAUACUUUAUGGAGAUAUUAAUCGGAAGAAGCCUGUUGCCAGAUCAAGUGAUGUUCUUGCUAUGCCUGAUGGCAUAGCUAAGAGAGCAAGAUUUGACACAUCUGCCACUUCAAAUCUGCCAGUUCAGGGAUACUCUGAUUAUUAUGUUAUGCAGGUUGACAAUGAUGCCAAUUUAGGUCAUUUGUCUGAUCCAGCUAUCUUGAAUAGUGAUGUAUCUCCUGUUGAGAAGAUGAUCGAAAUGAUUGGCGCUUUACUUGCUGAAGGAGAACGAGGAGCUGAAUCCCUUGGUAUUCUUGUCUCAACAGUAGAGACAGAUGUCAUGGCUGACAUUGUAAUAGAAACAAUGAAACAUCUACUGGAACCUCCAUUUCCUUUAGCAACAAAUAACGGUGUUCAGCAACCAAUUUUUAAAUCUUCCUCCGGUCUCUCAACAGAGAGCCUGCCAGCCAAUUCAGACUCGUUGCUGUUCGCUGCACAAUUAACACACACAGCAGAUGGAGUCAGCAUGUCACCAUCUGAUGCCUUUGUUAUGCCUAGUGUUCAUGAUGCUAAGCGUGACCCGAGAAGGGACCCUCGUCGCCUUGAUCCACGGGGGACAGUUUCAUCUGCUGCUACAAAUUCGAUACAGGUGAAGGUGGAAACGAAUAAUAUGCAUCAAACGGAUAAUUUGCCAAAUACACCUUGCUCCAAUUCUGGGAAGGCUGAAAACUAUUCGGAUUAUUCAGGAGAUUUACCUAAAACUGAAGAUGAACAGCAUACAUCUUCUCAGCCCAAUCAAACAAUUGCCAGAGACAAGUCUGAGCCUCUGGAUGUUGCCACCGAACCAGAGCCAACCUUUGAAGUCAUGGCACCAGUGGAUGUCGGGUUUCAAUCUUCUGACGUUGAUGAAGAAAUGGUCAAUCCCUUGUCUUCAGAAAUUACUUCAGUUGAUGAAUCUGAUAGUGUAGACCUGGAGGUUUACCCCUUUUUACCAGUUCCCACGGCAUCAACACUGGAAGAUACUGGUCAUGACUUGCCGGUUAUUCCAUCUCAUUUGGAAUUAAGCGACAAAGAGAAAAUCUCAAUGAACAAAGUAGCCAUUAGGCGAAUAAUUGACGAUUACAAGAAAAACAAUCUUAAUGCAAGAUUUUCUUUGGUUGCUCAUUUGAUUGCCCAGAGUGCUGCUGAUGAUAAUAUUAUGGAUUUGAUUCAGAGGCACAUUAUUUUUCACUCUAAUGAUCAGAAGGGGCACGAACUGGCAAUGCAUGUGUUGUAUCAGCUGCAGAGUAUCAGUGUUGCUGAUCUGCCAGAAUGCUCUACGUCUACUUCUAAACAUUAUGAGAAGUUCUUUAUAUCACUUGCGAGGUCCUUGAUUGACUUGCGGCCUGCUUCAGACAAGUCUUUUAGCAAACUUCUAUGUGAUGCACCAUAUCUGCCAGAGUCUUUGUUUAGAUUACUAGAGGGUCUUUGCAUGUCACAAAGCGACAACCAACAAAUAAAGGACGGGUAUGGUGACCGUGUCACCCAAGGCCUUGGAACUGUAUGGAGCCUUAUCUUGGGGCGGCCUUCACUUCGACAUGUUUGCUUGGAUAUUGCUCUGAAGUGUGCCGUCCACUCUCAAGAUGAAGUCAGGGGAAAGGCAGUUAGAUUGGUUGUAAAAAAGCUAUGUGAUCUAACAUAUGCAACAGAAAAAAUCGAGCAGUUCGCCACAGAAAGUCUUGUGGGAGUUGCUAAUGAGCAUGGUGUGGACACAGAUAUUAAUAUAACAUCCUCAAAAGAAUGUACAGCUGAGUUUGAGGUAGGCAGUCAGGAAACUUCAGUUAGUGUCUCCCAGAUUCCAGAUGCUGGAUCUUCUGAAAGUGGGUCACCGAAACAAUCAGCAAUAUCUGUAUCUGAGGCGAAACGCCAUACUUCAUUGUUCUUUGCACUUUGCACAAAGAGGCCUAGCCUUCUUCAACAUCUGUUCAAUGUUUAUGGAAGGUCUCCAGAAGUUGUCAAGCAGUGUAUCCAUUGGCAUAUACCCAGCCUUGUAAGAAAUCUGGGGUCCUCAUGUUCUGAGAUGCUGGACAUCAUUCAUAAUCCACCUGAAGGCAGUGAACAUCUUGUUACCAUGAUACUGCAAACAUUGACCGAAGAAUCAAAUCCUUCAGCCAACCUAGUUGCCGCUGUUAAACAUUUAUAUAUGACCAAGCUGAAGGAUGCAUCUAUUCUCAUUCCUUUGCUGUCUUCAUUUCCAAAGGAAGAGGUAUUGCCCAUAUUUCCGAGGCUAGUUGAUCUACCGAUUGUCAGAUUCCAAGAUGCACUUGCUCGGAUAUUGCAGGGAACAGCUCAUACCGGUCCAGCAUUAACUCCUGCUGAAGUUCUGAUUGCAAUUCAUGAUAUUAACCCUGAAAAGGAUAAAGUUGCCCUAAAAAAGGUCACAGAUGCUUGCACAGCUUGCUUUGAGCAGCGUACGGUAUUUACUCAGCAAGUUUUGGAAAAAUCACUGAAUCAAUUGGUUGACAGAGUACCAAUUCCUCUUCUUUUUAUGAGAACAGUUAUUCAAGCGCUUGAUGCAUUCCCAGCUUUGGUUGAUUUUGUCAUGGGGAUACUCUCCAGGCUCGUCAAUAAGCAGAUAUGGAAAAUGCCAAAGCUGUGGGUUGGGUUCUUAAAAUUGACAUUCCAGACUCAGCCACGCUCUUUUGAUGUCUUAUUACAGCUACCUCCACAACAGCUUGAAUUUACGUUGAAUAAGCAUCCCAAUCUUCGAACACCUCUUUCUUCAUUUGUUAAUCAGUGCAACAUGCAGAACACCUUGCCCAGACAGAUUUUGAAAGUUCUGGGCUUCUUUAACGAACCACAGCAGGCACCAAUGUCGUUUGUGCCUGCUACAUUACAAACAACAGAUGCGACAUCCUCUCUUCCUGGUGCAACCCUAAUGUGAAAUAUGAUGAUGCAGUACCAAUCAGAUGCAAUAAAGUUCCAUGCACAUACAGAGCCUUGUAGACAGUAGUGAUACUGCAGAACGGAUGAAGAUGCUUUCUCUGAUGUGCCUGCAAUUUGUAAUGACUGGAGUCGCUGUAAGCAACUCCACAAGAUAUUGACAGGAGCCACUGAGAUGAUUGUUUGGAGAGAAGUACACAGUGUAUGUGCUGGCGUGUUUACUCCUGUGAGUGGAAGUCAACCCAAGUUGUACAGUAGCUGUACUGUUAUGGUAAAAAAUGUAGUUCCAUCGUCAGUUCAAGGAGUCCUGCAAUUGCAGGUUGAGGCAAAGCAAAAGAACAGAGCCUAUGCUAUUUACAGGAAAGUAAGCGGUAUUACCUGAUCACCAUCGUGUCUUCCGCCAAACAAAGAAGUCGGAUUGCAGAAGCUGCACUCCUUUUAUAGGGACCGGCAUUUGACUAAUUUACUCUAACCAUUGCUGUAACAAUUUGUCUGUACAUUAUUGAAUUGUGUUCGCUGCUUGUGUCAGCAAACAUAUGGUUUUCUAUUGUUUAGUUAUGGUCCCCGACGACAAUAAUUUUUCGUCAUGAGAAGCUGCUAAUCAAGAAAAGCGACAAAUAUUGGCGUUGUUAA